AUGGCAUCGCUGGAACCAGGCCUCACCAGGUCCCUGAACAGGGGCCAAGAGCAGAGUUACAGCACUGGCGGGAGCCACAUGCCCCCGCAGCACCCUGGCACUCAGGACCAGACCUAUCUGGAUGAGCUCAUCAGCAUCCCCAAGGGCAGUGGGCCUGGGUUCAGCUUUAGGAAACUCUGGGCUUUCACCGGUCCCGGCUUCCUCAUGAGCAUCGCCUACUUGGACCCAGGCAACGUGGAGUCCGACCUGCAAUGCGGGGCACUGGCAGGGUUCAAGCUGCUGUGGGUUCUGCUGUGGGCCACUGUCCUGGGGCUGCUGUGCCAGCGCCUGGCCAUCCGUCUAGGCGUGGUGACCGGGAAGGACCUGGGCGAGAUUUGCUACCUCUAUUAUCCUAAGGUGCCCCGUGUACUGCUCUGGCUCAUGAUUGAGAUCGCCAUCAUUGGCUCUGACAUGCAGGAGGUGAUCGGGACAGCCAUUGCUUUCAGCCUGCUCUCAGCUGGCCGCAUCCCCCUCUGGGGUGGGGUCCUUAUCACCAUCGUGGACACCCUCUUCUUCCUCUUCCUUGAUAAGUACGGGCUCCGCAAACUGGAGGCUUUCUUCGGCCUCCUCAUCACCAUCAUGGCCCUGACCUUUGGCUAUGAGUACGUGGUGGUGAGGCCAGGGCAGGUGGAGGUGCUGAAGGGCAUUUUCCUGCCCAACUGCCCGGGCUGUGGGCGAGAGGAGCUGCUGCAGGCCAUGGGCAUCAUUGGUGCCAUCAUUAUGCCCCAUAACAUCUUCCUCCACUCCUCCUUGGUCAAGACACGGGUCAUCGACCGGUCCAAGAAGGAGGCAGUGCAGGAGGCCAAUAUGUAUUUCCUGAUCGAGUCCUGCCUGGCCCUCUUUGUCUCCUUCCUCAUCAACCUCUUUGUCAUGGCUGUCUUUGGCGAGGCUUUCUACCACCAACGAAACGAGGACGUGCACAACAAGUGCGUCAACAGCAGCAUCAGCCACUAUGCCGGCAUCUUCCCCAUCAACAACAAGACAGUCUCUGUGGAUAUCUACCAGGGGGGCGUCAUCUUGGGCUGCUAUUUUGGGGCAGCGGCACUGUACAUCUGGGGCAUCGGGAUCCUGGCAGCAGGACAGAGCUCCACAAUGACUGGGACUUACGCAGGGCAGUUCGUCAUGGAGGGCUUCCUGCAGCUCCGCUGGUCACGCUUCACCCGGGUGCUCUUCACCCGCUCCUUUGCAAUCCUGCCCACUGUCUUCGUGGCUGCUUUCAAGGAUGUCAGCCACCUCACAGGCAUGAAUGACCUGCUCAACGUCUUGCAGAGCAUCCUGCUGCCUUUUGCUGUCCUGCCUGUCCUUACCUUCACCAGCCUGCACCCGCUCAUGCAGGAUUUCAGCAACAGCCUCCCAGGGAAGGUGCUGAUGACCCUCAUCACGGGGCUGAUCUGCGCCAUCAACAUUUACUUCGUGGUGGACUUUUUGCCAACGCUGCAUGGCCUGGAGUACCACAUUCUCCUGGGCCUGCUACUGGCUGCCUACGUGGCUUUCGUCGCCUACCUGAUCUGGACAUGCAGCAUCUCGCACGGAGCCCGGUUCCUGGCCCGGGACCACCACAGCCGGUUCAAUUUUGGUCUCGCCAUCGACCCGACAAGCACGUGGUGACAGAUCCCAUGCCUACUUAUUAUCCCCACGUCCCUGCCCAGCGCGGCCUCCUCACACUGG